AUGUCGAGGUACGAAUAUUCGCAAGUCCCUGGGGACGAGAAGGUGGAGGACGAGAAACGUGAGAUUCCUCUCAAAAAAUCACUAGCAAGUGUAAUAUUAUACGCAUUCGCUGGCUUUAUUUUGUUUACUGCAUUUACCGCAUUGGUUAUGGGACUUGCAAAGAUCGAGAGUGUUCAGCCAAACAACGAGUUUCCCAAUACCAGUUCUGAAUGGACACAUGAACAUGACCACGAAACACGAGCAACAGGUGAUCUAUAUCUCAUAGGAGUCGGCAAGGCUGAUAUCACGGGUCCUGUUGUCGAAGUGAACUUUAUGGGAUAUGCUAGUCUCCCCCAAGUUGGAACUGGGGUCCGUCAACGAAUCAACUCUCGAGCUUUUAUUAUCGGAGAUGUAAACAAUCCAUCCAAUCGAUUCAUAUACCUAGUACUCGACACCGCUUCUGGGGAUACUGCAAUCCGAUAUGGAAUACUCCAAGCAUUAGCCAAUCUUGAAUCCGCAUAUUCGGUCUACGGACAACAUAACAUCGCAGUCACAGGAACACAUCAGCAUUCUGGUCCUGGAGCCUAUUUCAACUAUCUUCUACCUCAAAUCACUUCCCUAGGUUUUGACAAGCAGAGCUACCAAGCAAUUAUCGAUGGCGCAGUUCUCUCGAUCAAGAGAGCGCAUGAAUCGCUCACUACUGGAUAUUUAACUACCGGCGACACAAACAUCACAAAUGCAAAUAUCAAUCGCAGUAUCUAUGCAUAUCUAGCCAACCCAGCUGCGGAAAGGGCAUUAUAUACAGAUGAUGUUGAUAAGACAUUAACUAUGCUUCGAUUCCAACGAGCAUCCGAUGGGUUAAACAUUGGCGUAUUGACCUGGUUCAGCGUCCACGGUGACAACAAAGGAGUCGCAGCAAAUCUAUUCGAAAAAGCCGCCCUAACCGACACCAAAGCCGCCCCAGGUUUCGUAGCCGGCUUCUCCCAAUCAAGCGUAGGAGACACCACCCCCAAUGUUCUAGGCGCAUGGUGCGACGAUGGCUCUGGAAAGCAAUGUACCGUAAACAACAGUACCUGUGCCGGUAUAUCCCAGACGUGUCACGGUCGCGGUCCCGCGUUCCAAGCAUUGGAUUUGGGAGUUUCGAGUUGUUAUAUUAUCGGACAGAGACAAUAUGCAGGAGCUCAGUCUCUCUAUGAUACAUUGGAUACAGUCGGUACACCCGUCGUGGAUGGCAGUGUCAAAUCCUUCCAUUUCUUCCAAGAUAUGCAAUUUUACGAUUUUCCACUCGCAAAUGGAUCGAUUGUGCAAACGUGUCCGGCAGCAUUAGGAUAUUCGUUUGCGGCAGGUACUAGUGAUGGGCCAGGAGCAUUCGAUUUCACGCAGAAUGAUCCAGGUGUACCUUCGAAUCCUCUUUGGUCAGUGGUAUCUGGUCUCUUGAAAGUGCCAUCUGCUCAACAGGUCGCCUGUCAAUAUCCCAAGCCCGUUCUUCUAGAUGUUGGCGAAAUGUACAGUCCUUAUUCCUGGUCUCCAAAUAUCGUCGACAUACAACUCCUCCGCGUCGGCCAACUAAUCAUCAUCAUCUCCCCCUCCGAAGCAACCACCAUGUCCGGCCGCCGCUGGAAAAGCGCCAUCUCCCACGCCGCCACCUCAUCCCUCAUAACGACCUCCCCACCCCAAAUUGUGCUCGGAGGCCCCGCAAACACCUACGCACACUAUCUCGCCACCCCCGAAGAAUACGCUAUCCAACGGUACGAAGGGGCCUCUACACUCUACGGACCACAUUCCCUCGACGCUUAUAUCCACCUCACCACUCAAUCCAUCGGUUAUCUAGCUACUAGCAACAACAGCCAACCAUUUGCCGGCCCCAGCCCACCCAACAACGUAAACUCCAGUCUAAGUUUCAUAACAGGAGUGAUAUACGACAGUGGAGACUUCGGCACCGUGAGCGCGCAGCCCUCUGCCAGCUACAAGAUAGGCGCCGUAGUAAACACGGCAUUUGUAGGGGCGAACCCGCGCAAUAAUUUGAGGCUCGAGGGUACGUAUACGGCUGUUGAGCAAUUGGGGGGCGAUGGGGAGUGGAGGGUGGUGAGGGAUGAUGCGGAUUGGUUUGUGGUGUAUACGUGGAGGAGAAUUAAUGGGUUGACGGGGACGAGUAGUGUGGUUGUGAGUUGGGAGACGGGGACGGGCGAUGCGACGGAGGCGGGGACGUAUAGGGUUAGGUAUUAUGGGGAUUCGAAGAAUUUUUUGGGGAAGAUUACGGCGUUUACGGCGGUUAGUAAUAGUUUUGUUUUGAGCUGA